AUGGAUCUAUACAAAUACGUAUUGCAGGCAAGCCAGGAAUUGCAAAAAGCAAUUGAAGAUGAACAGCGGCGCAAAAAGGAACGCCAAAACACGAAGUGUCUUCAACUAACGCAGAAGAAGUGGUUUGAUUAUACGAUAUUAUUGUUCAUUGCUAUUAAUUGUAUCACUUUAGCAAUGGAGCGGCCAUCAAUUCCUCCGAAAUCGUUAGAACGACAGUUCCUUUCAUUUACUGGAUAUGUUUUUACAGUUAUUUUCACCAUCGAAAUGACUAUGAAGGUUUGUUACUGGUGCAGUAAGAGAGUGAAACUGAGCUCUAUACAGUUUAAUGAUACUUUAAUGUUGGCUUUACGAGCAUGCUAA